AAGGGUGCGAAGUUAACUACCUGAAGCCGUUCCAAGCGAGGCUUACGUUUGGAAAAAUGAAAAGGCUCGACGCCGCUGGUGUGGAGUACAUAGGCAGAAGGCUGCGUCUGGACGGGGACAGGGUCCUGGUGGACCAGGUGGCCGCCUUCCGGUCGCUCGCGUAUAAGCUGCAGUGGGUGGGCAGGGAGACCCGCGCCGAGGCCGCGGGCGCGGCCUCGAUUCUUGCCACAAAGGUCAACGGCCCUUCGGUCAAGGACCUGUUGGACGCUAACAAGAUGGUGGACCACCUAAGUGCAUUAGGCGAGGCGGAGUGGCUGCAGAUUUUGCUGCUCGACGUCGCUCGCGGCAAUGUUGUCCAUGAGCGGUGGCGGGAGAACCUCGGCCCGUUCGUAAGUCUUCCCAAGGAGGACUGCACUGUGCUUGGAGAGCCGGUGACCGGCAACGUCAGCGUCGUAGACGCGAAGGGGAUCUAUGACACCCUCUCGAAACUCACGUCGGGGACCAGGUCGGAUAGGAGGGCCGCCAUAGAUCUAGCCGUCGCCAGGGAAACCAUGGAUCGGAUAGGGAGCGCGAUCAGGUGGGCCCCACAUCCCCACAUGCCCGUGGACUGCCUCACCAAGGCCGAUCUGGCCAAGACGAAUGCCGCCCAACUCGCUUUGCUCAAGUCGGGCAUGCUUAGGCUCAGAUCCGAAGAGGAUUCCCUAAGAGAUCGCAAGGACGACCCCCAGGUCAAGAACCGAUCCAGAGCCGAGUCCAGGCGACAGCUGCAGUGA